UUUGAAUUAUGAGUUCCCUCUUUGUUAAGUGCAUGGUUUGCCAACAAAGACCAGCCACCAUAAAGUGUAAUUAAUGUUAAUUGGGCUAAACUUAUCGAUUGUGUUAUAGUUGUGAUUCUCAGGUCCACAACAAAAACAAUCCAUCAGAGGAACAGCAUAAAACUGAGAUCAUCCCAUAUCAAGGUAAAACUGUCCUUAUUAUCAUCUAGAAAUGUAUCAAAAAGCUGGAUCUGCCUCCGCUUUGAAAGAUUCCUCCUUGAAAGUAACUAUUUAUUUUUGAAUUUUUGUAGUCUAAACCUGAAUAGUAGUAACAAAAGCAAUAACCAUAAGGAAUAGCAAAACCUCAAUCCUCGGCUUCAUCUAAACAAUUCUCGAACAACUUUAAAUCAGUAAAGCCUGAUGCGCCCUAAAAAGAAGAAAUUUUGAAUAAUUAAAAACCUGUUAAAGAACCUGUUUAAUUGGUUUAAUAGCAAUCGCUACCCAAUAAGUUUACCAACAAUUAUAUUUACCCUCAAUCCCAAACCAAACAAAAAGUAGAACCUAAAUAAGAAGAGAUCCAAAGGCAAAAUAACUCUGCAUCUUAUAUGAGCAAUACUCAAAACAACAAACUAAAAGAACAGAUCUCAGAAGAAUAAGAUUAAAAUAAUGAACUCAGGAGAGAGAUACAAUAAACCAAGGAUCAAAUCAAAAACAUCAAUAGUGAAAUCGAUAAGAAAAUGUAUUAUAUUCAGAAUAUUAUAGAUAAUAAAAUUAAAGAGAAUUUGAAAAGAAAAUCAAUGAUCUGAAAAAAGAAAGUGCAGACGAAAAAAAAAAAAUCACCACUUUGACUGAUGAAGUUAAAAAACUAACUGAAUAAGUUAAAAGUGUUGAUCAACAGACUCAAAAAAAAUUGGAUCUUUCAAAGAAAUAAUAUGAAAAAUAGAUUAAAGAUAUGCAACAAGUUAUCAAUGAAAAACAACAAUAAAUUGAUGAAAUUGCUGAAGAAUUUUAGAAUUACAAUCUGGAAGAUAUCUAGGCCAAAAUGGAAGAGAUGGCAGGGGAAAUAGAAGAGAAGGAUUAAAUCAUAGAAGAAUUGAAGAACUAGCUUGAAUAAGGAGGUGAUAAAAGAGAAGAUAAUGAGGAAUUAAGUCAACAACUUGAAUAAAAGGAUGAAGAAAUCAAGAAGUUGGAGGGACUUAUAGAAAACUUUAAACAAUUAUAUUAAUAGAUGUAAGAUGAAAAACAAGCCAUGAUGGAAGAGAAUGAGAAACUAUCAACGGAGAACAAUCAAUUCAGAGAAUUGUUUAGUGUAUUUUGUAGAUUUAUUUCAUUAGUAAAAUCUUCACCUAUUUGGUAUUGAUCCAAAUCAAUUGGAAGAAGAAGAUGGGGAAGGCGAAUAAGAAGGAGAGGGAGAACAAUAUGAGCAGGAUGAAGAAGGUAAUUUUUUAUAUUUAUUUUAGAGAAUUGA